AUGAAAAUGGAGAGAUCAUUUUACCUAAAUGGUAAGCCUCUUGUCUAACCUCCAUUAAGCAUCGAGCAACAAUUAAAUGAACGUCUCUCAAGAACUGGAUACAAGAUCGAAGACAUCAACAGACUCAACGAGCGUCCUGUCCUAUCAAUUGUAGUUAUAUAACUAAUUCUUAAAGAUUGAUCUCGAUGGAUUAACCUCUGGAUACUUGAAUAAUAAUCAAAUAUUCUAGAUGCUUAAAUAGGAAAUAAUGACUUGGAAUGAAAGAGUGACACUGCAUCGAGCAUAAUAAAUAGAAUUAAAAGACCCUUUUGUCUAUGAGAACCUCUAUAGAUAAUUGAAGAAUUCCUUACUUGAAGUUGUCAGCACUAGAAAUAGGUAGCAGUAACUAGAAUUUCUUAAAAAUGUAUCUACUUGGUUCUUUCGUUAAUUGCCAAAAUCCUAAAAAUAAUAAUUAACAUAGUCUCUUAUUGAAAAGAAGGACAAUGUAACUUAUAUAUACAUAAUUCUCAGACUUUGUAAUAUAUACCAACUGCUUAUAAUGAAAGCAUGUAUGCUUCUGGAAUUGAAGAUUUUAAAUCAAAGAAUAGAUCAAUGCAUCCAGACAUAGAUCCACCUGAAGACAGAGUAAAAAGCUAUCACAGAAAAAACCUACUCUCUGAUACAAGCACAAGACCUGGCACUACUCCAGGUAUUAUGGGCUUCUCUCAAUACACAAGACCUUAAACCUCAUAAACUACUUAUAAAAUGAUUGAUUAAAUUGAUAAAUUGUCAAGACCAAGAACCAAUCAGUAAUAUUCUGUUUCUAAGUAAUAAUCUUCUUGGAUGUAUGAUACUAAUUUCCCUGUUUUUGAAACUUUCGAGGAAUAACAAAAAAGCACAAGACGUCAAAUUCCAAGAGAGGAAUCUCCUCUCAAAGCUGACAAACCUACUGAUAGAGACUAAAUGGAAGGCAUUGAGUAAGAAUAAGAUGAAGAAGAAGAGUAAUCUCCUGACAAAUUCGACGGCUCUUAAAAAAAUAUCUAAUCUUAGGUGGAUCUUUCACCCAAGAAAAAAAAAAAGAAAAAAGAAAGAGCAGAUAAAUAUGUUAGUAUUGCACCUGAUCGAAGGACUUAUAAAACUGAUAAGGACACUGAAUUAGCCUAUUAAAUUGGAUAAAAUCAACGUCUUGGAGAACUAUAAGGAAUAUUUCAUAAUUAUGAUCCAACUAAUUUAGAAGACAAGAUGGCUGCAAUCAGACUUAAUCAAUAUUAUCAAGAAUAAAGAAUUAAAGAAUUAAAAGAACAAAGAGAAGAUAUUGAAAUGGUUUAAAACAUGAAAGAUUGGGCAGCAAACAAAGGUAGAAUUGAUGAAAUUAUACUCCAGUCUGAAUAUGUAUAAAAAUGUAUGAUAAUCAUAGCUAUCAUCUAUGGGAUCUCAGUUCUCGAAUAUUGGCAUCAAAGUUUCUGAUAUCUAUGAAUCUAAAAAGAUGGAUCUUGCUGAAGAAAAAGCCUAUGCUAAUUAUCUUAAUAAAACAUCUUAUCACAAAGGCAGAAACAUUUCAAGUUCUCUCCCCAUAACCAAAGUUAUUGAAAAUACAGUAUUACCCACAUAGGUUGAUGAUGAGGCAGAGGAUUUCUAAUCUAAAAAUGCUUACUUGGAAUAAAGAAUUAAUUCCUAAAGACUCUACUUCCUGAAAAGAUCAAGAGGAAGUUGGUUGCCUGGAGGUGUUCCUAAUCACCCUAGUGCUGAAAAGAUUUAAAAUAAUCGUUCUUUAUCUUCCAGUUGUUUCAGAAGUGUCCAACCUUCCAAAUAAUUUAGUACUGUCUUCAAAAGCCAUAGCAUCAAAUCAGAUAUCGAUUAAUAAGUAUUCUAAACUAAUAUCAUCAUAGAUUAGUGAAAUUAAUGUCUUAAAGAAUAGAUUGGCUUCUGAAAAAAGGUUUGUUCCUAUAACCAUCCUGCAAAAGUCCCUUGUUAUACCAUAAGGACAUUUAAAUCCUCAAAAAGUACCACUCCCUAAACCUGGAAUCCUUUUAGCUAACAUACCUGAUACAGGAAAGAAAACAAGAGGUAAAAAAAAGAAAUCUAAGAAAUGA